UCUUCAAUUGAAUCAUUUUACAUUUUACACUUUUUCGACAGGUUUAGUCAACGUUGAUACCGUACAUUUCUUUUAUCUCUUUCUUCAAUAAAAAGCGUAGUCUUCAAAAAGCGAGGGGUUUUUUUUUUACAUCAAAGUAGGAAACUUCAUGUUCCUGAAAUCUUUUGAAACCCUAAUCGAUUCAUCAUUUAUACCAUGAGUCUCUCUUCCCACCGUUCUCGUAUAAAAAGUUUGAAUACGCGAAUGGGAUCGCAAGGAAAGCAACAACAACAACAACUUAUUGAUAAACUAGAAGUAGUCAUUCCACAGUCUGUCACUUCACCUUCACUGUCAAAAUCCUCAGUAGCAAGGAAAAGAGGUGAGCCGCUGAAAGUCAUCUCCAAUAUAAACACCAACGCCAUAGAACAGCCCAACAACAAGAGCAAUGAUCUAAAAACAGCUCAAAAGAUGAAGAGUAGUGCCUCUACUACUGAAAGUAUUCAUAACAAUAAAAACAACGUCAAAUUGAACCAUCUUGGACCCAACAACAACAACCACUAUCAUCCAAUUCAACGAAACGUUGAUUAUGCUAAGCCUCCACUACAACAACAGCAACAACUGCGACAACAGCCACAAGAAAAGCCAAAAUAUAAACUGGUCGAAGAUAAAGACGUACCCAGCAUUAUCAAAGAUUAUAAACAACGAAAACAAUACAAAAAACUGGAGUAUUUAGGCAAUGGUGCUUUUGCAAGAGUGUAUAAAGUUGUGACAAAGGAGAAUGAAUACUAUGCUGCCAAAGUCAUCGCAAAGUCUUCGAUCAACAACGAUAAAAUCAAGAGCAAAUUAUUGGCUGAAAUCAACAUUCAUCGAACAUUGAAGCAUGAUAAUAUUGUGAAAUUCCACCGAUGUAUUGAGGAUAAGCAUAAUAUUUAUCUUGUACUGGAGCUAUGUGAAAAUAAAACGCUUAGUGUCAUGCUGAAAAAUAGAGGGGGUUUUCUUACUGAAUUAGAAGUACGUUAUUACAUGGCGCAAAUCCUUACAGCAUUACGAUACAUGGCAGAUAACAGAGUGUUGCAUCGCGAUUUGAAGAUGAGUAAUAUCUUAUUAGAUGCCAACAUGGACUGUAAGAUUGGUGAUUUUGGUUUAGCAGCAUUACUCUUGAGCAAAGAAGACAGAAAAAGGACAAUCUGUGGCACACCCCAUUAUAUUGCACCAGAGAUUCUGUUCAGUCGAAACCGUGGACAUAAUCAUAAAGUAGAUAUGUGGUCUGCUGGCGUCAUUAUGUUCAAUAUGCUUUUUGGCAAACAGCCUUUCGAUGUGAAUGGCAAACUUAAUUUCAAGCAAGUAUUACAAAAUCAAUACCUACCUCAGUACAUCUAUCCGAAAGAGACUGCAGGCAAUGUUUCGAAGGAAGCAAAGCAUAUGAUAAAUCACUUGUUGGUGAAUGAUCCUGAUGAGCGUUUAUCGGUGGUUGAGGCACUAUCGCAUGCUUUUUUCCAGAGCGCCAUUCCGGACCAUAUACCCAAAACAGCCUUAUUUGAAACUCCUAGUUACGAUUCAUUGUUCAAGGAUACAACAUUUAGCAAUCAUAGCAAAGCAAAUGGUGAUGGUACGAAUAAGCAAACCAUUCAAAAUAGUCAAUCUAAAGUAGCUUUAGCGGUACAACAAGCCAAAAAUGCGGAUCAUUGUUUCUAUGAUAGUGAUAUUAGACCGCCGUUGAAUAUUUUAGAGGAAACUAUUUACGAUCACCGUUCACAAUUCCCAAUGCCUUCCUCUCAACCGACGAACUCUCAGAAACACUCGGAAGAACAAAACCAACUUUUAACAAUCCCUAGAAAGAAACCUUCGCAUUCAUCCAGCAUAUCCAUAUUAUCAAAAAAACGAUCAGCUACACCUAUUCAAGAUACCCAUCAACAGCUUAAUAAAAGAGUACGUAGCAGCGGUCUCAGUGAUAGUAACAACCAUGAAGAAAAGCAAGCUGACAAUGUCAAUAUACAGAGCAUCGGAGAGAGUUCUUCGUCUCUACAACAGAAGUUAGAAAAGACGACCCUUGCCAGCCAAUCUAAAAGCACAAGUAUUGCAAGUAGCAAGGAUAGUGUCAGUAGUAACAAUCGUCCCUUUGCUAUUCCCAAUCCAUUGCCUCACCGUCGCCCCAUGAUGGAGGAGAUGGCUGGCAACUUAAAGACGAUGAUGCACCGUGUAGAGUCUCUCAUUUCGAUCAAUCAACAUAAACCAACAAGUAGCUUGAAAGAAGAUGUGGAAGAUUUUCACUGGGGGCUACAUAAUUGCUUCAUUGAAACGUGGGUCGACUGCUCGAAACAUUAUGGUUUUGCUUACGGACUAUCUGAUGGCACACUGGGCUUCCUCUAUAACGACGGAUCGACCAUGACUUCUUACAAUAAAGACCAAUACUACUACAUCUAUCACGAAGACAAUCGGUAUUUAGAGCAAGAAUAUCGUAUCGACACCGUGCCAGCUGAUUUGAAGAAAAAAGUAGCCGUCUUAAAUAAGUUCCGAGAAUAUGAAGGACCUGAGCUAAGAAAAAAUCAACAGCACUUUAUCCAUAUACCCAAGGCCACGGAGUUAACACGGAUUCAUCUGUUUAAAUACUUUGUUUGUGAAAAAGCUAUCGCAUUUAGACUUAAUAAUGGUGUGGUACAGCUGAACUUCUUUCAUAACCAUCAAAAGAUAGUUCUGUAUGACAAAGGCAUGAAGAUGCUGUACAUAGAUGGCAGUUCCAGAUUAUCCCAUUUCAAUACACUUGAUGUAUUCAAAUCGGAUAAAAAGGAAAUGACUGACGCACUGAAAUAUACUUAUUCAAUCUUAGAAGAGCAAAAUUUGUUAAGACAAAAUGCGUUGAGGAAAGAGAGAUGGAAACGGUACGAGCAAAAUCAACCACAGCCAUAGCAACAAUGACAGUUCAGAUGAACACUUGUUGGUAACUUUUGAGGUCUGCUUUUUUCUCUUCAUUUAUAUGCGUCAUUUACUUAUAGAAAAUACUUACUACAUUAUUAUAUUAUUGCACAAUAUAUUUUCAAAUAUACUUAACUUGAAUAAAAUUGAAUAAUAAGCACAAUUAUGAUGGACUCCUUAAUUGACAAUAAAUACAAGUUUAAACGUAGAACUUAAACAGGUGCAAUUGAAGCAGUUAUCAGUGAAAGACACUAUAUAAUGAACGUCGUGCAGAUGCAAAAUUAACUGAUAACGUACUUACUUAUCCGCGUAGCUUACAGACCCGCCCUCUGCGAAUGAAAUUACAAGAAAAGCACUGCAAGCGUCUCAAAAUAUAAGUCGGGCCUGCUUGACACAAAAGUCAAUAAGUUACUCGUUUUCUAAAAUAAGUAGAAGCAUGAAAGUAUAUAAAGUGUUUUUUUUGGUUUUUUUUUUUUU